AUGCUAUUCAAUCACAAUGAAAUAGAAAAAAAUUGCUCAGAAAACCAUCACAAAUUAGAUUUCUGACUGAUAAAAAUAAGAAAUCAUAUAUUUUCUGCUUUCAAUGAAAUUUUUGGAGAAAAACACAAUAAAAAACUGAAAUUCAAGCAACAAGCGAUUUAUGAAGUUUUGGUAAAUUUAAUUAUGAUUCUGCAGCUCAUGUCUAUUGUAUGAUAUCCACAUUUAGAUAUUCCAGAUUGAGAUUCGUAUUCAAAAUUUUGGGAUAUUAUAAGAAUAACUAGCUAUGAUAAUAUUUGCGCUUGAUAUGGAUUAAUGAAUUUUUGCUAUUAUGGCACCAUAUUAAUAAUAGGAAUUUUAUCAAUUUCUUUUAGUGUCUGUGCAAUUUUAUUUUAUUUCAAGAAAAAAUUGCCUAAUAUUAUUGGGAUUUUUCUAAAGAAGCUUGCAGAUAUUAUUUCUACAGUUUGUUUAAUUCCUUCGCUUAUAAUGUUACUCGCAAUUUUGAAAUAUUCAGUCAUAAAUCCAAACUCAAUUGAUGAAUGGGAAAACACUAGCCCAGAAGAUCUCAAUUUUGGGCUAUUUGGGGUAAUUUUUUCAUCAUUUUGCUUAGUAAGCUUGGUUAUUAUAAUUUUCUUUUAUGAAAUUUUUACAAGUGAUAUUAGACACUCAAGUUAUCUUAAAAAUAUCAGAGCAAGAUCUUCUGGGACUUUGGAUUUAUAUAAGCAGCUAUUUUAUGUAGCCAUGUGCGCUUCUUAUGUGUGGUUUGGGAAAAAAUAUAUAAUAUAUCAUCAAGCGAUCUGCUUUUCAUGCUCACUUUUAUUAUCUAUCAAAAUGGUCAGAUUUUUGCAAUAUUUUAAUUUUUUUGAAAAUGCUAUCCAAGUUUGCAAAAUGGGCGUAUUAUCUUUAACUUUAUUGAUAUUUAUUUUUGGAGAGUUAUUUAGCAAUCCUCUUAUGAUCUUUAUAUUCUCAUUGAUCCUUCAGCCAGUUUUUCUUUUUUACGUUAUAAAAAUCACUUUAAAAAACUAUAAAAACCUUGGUAAAAAAAUCCUUGUAAAUAAGUUUGAUUUUGAAAGAAAAUUCCGUUAUUUACUCACUAAUCCAAAUCUAGAAGAUAAAUAUACUUUUUUGCUAUAAUUUUUUAUAGUGUUCCACGUGUGGGAUUUUGCCCUACACGUGAAAAAUUUUUUAGCAUGUCAAGCCUACUUAUUGGCUUGCUUCCAUAUGCAAAAAAUUUUUUACGUGUAGGGAAAAAUCCCACACGUGGAACGCUAUAAGAAAUUAUAGCAAUAAAUUAUGUCAAAUAUUGAAUUUAUUUAGCAAAUACUCUAAAAUAGCCUAUUUUAGAAAAAGCAAGCUAUUUGUGCUAUGAGAAUUCAAUUUCUGCAUAUCUAUCAUAAAUGACGAAAGGCUAUCUCGAAUAAAAUUAAUAAAAAUUGCUUCAUGUGAAAAUAGUUUUGAAGGGGAUAUCCUAGAAUGAAGAGCUUAUAAUUGGCUCAAGACAAAAAAAUGUGAAGAGUACCCUGAAAUAGUUUAUUUAGAAUACUUACAAAAGCUUGCUAAAAUAAAGAGAGAGAGAGAUUAGUUAGAGAGGUUUAAGCGGGAUUAUUUCAGCCCCUAGCCAGUCGGACUUCAGCUUCGUGCUUCAUGUGGCACUAAGCACUAAAGCCACCUAACGCCCUUUUUCUUCGGAGCCAUCAAAAAUGGUGACGUCCUCAGUCUGUCGGGGAGACUCACCCGACCCUGCUGGAUCAAAAAUUUCGGCAAGGACUCUCUUAACCCCUGGUGGUGCUCAGGGUAUGAGAGGAUCGUCCAUUGUCUUCUUCUGGAACCACCUGUGCCAUUCGCAGGCACCAUAAUGCUCCUCCAGAAGUGCUUGAUUGAUGUUGCGCCGUCGGUAUCUUGUCUGUGGGUCGAGGGGAAGCCCAGUCAGCCCAAGCCUGCACCCCACCCCGGAGAAUUGCCAUCUGCGACCCCUUGGCCUUCCGGCCGUUUUAUUUUUUUUUUACACGGCCGAAUUCUGGGAUUUUUUUUUGCUGUCGCCGAGCCAAAAUGGAUUUCCAUCUUGCAAGAUGGAAAUUCUAAAAUAAAGAGAAGAGAUGAGAAUUUAUGUUAUUUAAUUAUAAAGUUGCAGUCUGAAUUUGUGUCUAAAGCUCCAAGAAUGCAAUCUCUUAUAAGCUUAUGUAUUAAAGCUUCAAAAAAGUUAAAUAAUAUUGAGCUAGGCUAUAAAAAUGCAAUAGAAAAGCAUAAAAGUUAUGAAAUAUUUGAACUUUAUAUUGUCCUUGUGCCUUUUUGAGCACAAUUAUACUGCCCAUACUGAUCGCUAGUUUUUUUAUUUUCCCAAAUCUGGGAUACGAAGCUGUGCGAAGUAUCUGUACUCAAAAAUGUGCAAGGGAGUAUAAUGGAUUUUUAGAUAAUAUUUUAUCAAAUCAUAAAGAAGCAAAUAUAAUCGAGAAAAAGAAAAAUGGAAUAGAUUUUUCUAUGAUUCGGCAUAAAAAUUCUGAUAAAUAUGAAGAUAGUGAUGGAAUAAUGCUAGUUUCUGGGAUAGAGAGCACGUUCGGAACGAUUAUUUACAGCAACAAAAAAGCUUCAGAAAUAUUAAAAUCAUCAAUUAUCGACCUUUGUGGAAACUCGAUUUUUAAUCUUUUCCCUUAUAUUUAUGGAAAUCGUCAUAGAAAGCUUAUGAGAAAUUUCAUUUUUAAUUCAGAAGGUGUUGAAGUGCCUUGCCAUAACCAUUUAUUUUUUCAAAAUCAGCAUGGAUUUCUUAUAGAGUGCAGUUUGACGAUAAAGCUAACUGCAUUUAAUAAUGAUGCCUAUUUUCUUAUAAAGUUUCAACAAAUCUCUACAUUAAGGCAAAUUGCAUUGAUUUCUGAAGAUGGAAUAGUUUUAAGCCACUCAGAAUUUUUUCCUAAUUAUGUAGGCUACAAUUCAAAAACCAUUAAAAAUACUCAUAUUUGGAAUAUUAUUAAUUUUGACAUGCAAAACCUGAAAGAUAAUGAGCCAUUAAUAAUGAAAUUAAAUGGUGGAAUAAUUGCUUUAUUAUUUAUUCGAAAAAUUAUAAAAUCUCAAGUACUUACUUCUUCAAAAAAGAACAAAUCAUUUUACUGCCCCAUAGAAGGCAUUUAUUUAAUUUUGGAUAUUGAAAAUUCCAUUUAGCAGCUCGCUGGUGAAUUUAUAUGCUUUAAAAUGCCAUGUUCUAAAUGGAUUCGGCUUAAAAGAAUUUAAAAUUAUAUAUAUAAAAUAUUUUUUAGAAGCUGAUUUUAGGAUUUUCACAUAUAUUUUGCCAAUUCUCAAGUGAAAGCUAGAAUUUUAAUAGCAAUUAACGAUGAAUUAGAGAUUGAAAAAUUAAGAGAAGGGCAGAAUAAAAAUUUAUUAGAAAACUCAGAAAAAGAUGAAACCAUAUCUUUAGUUUGAAUUAAAGGCACUGUAAAUAGCCAAGAAAGUAAAGACGAAUCUUUAAGAUUUCAUAACACAGUUAAAAAUAUGCAAGAAUCAUUAUUUUCAGAGCAUGAAGAUCAACAUUUAUUAUAUAGUAAAUCUCUUACUGAUAUGAAAAUUUAUAAACAAUCUUCAGCUAAGUCAAGUAAUUUUUAUACAGCAUUUUUAAAAAAAUUAAUUAUAGAUUCAAAGAAAAAAAUCAGGAUUGUCCAAUGAGUAUUAUUUCUUGUGGUAAUAUAA